AUGCGGUCUCUUCCACAAGAGUGGGAAAGACUCGUCCUCGUCCUCGCUGCACAAUUAACGCCUGGUCGACUCCGACUGAGCGUUGUCUGUGAUACACUCGACCAUGCCGCGGCCCUACAGGUUCUCCUGCCGCUGGAGAGAUUACCGCUCCUCAGGAGCUGUGCCGUCCGGCUCGGCCAGCAGUCUGACCACCAUCUUCGGCGCCUAGCCCAAACCACCGUUCACCAGGUUACAGGCCAGCUUCGCCCACCCCAGACCGCCUUUCAGUGGGACGACCUCCCUGAUGAACUCCAAACUCCAAAUACAGAUUCUCCCCCAGUUAUCACACCUAGGACCAUUGAAUGGGUGGAGGGGAAGGGCAUUACCAAGCCAUCCUGCUGCCAGCAGUGCACCGCAACAUUAGAGGCGUACUGUUGCCCUCCGCUCCACGCGGCCUUCACAUCUGGGCGGUGUACAUGUUGGCAGUGGCCUCGAGACCACUUCCUAGUCAACCACAAGUUUCGGCUUCUGGCCCUCCAGAUCUUCUACCGCUCCAACACAUUCUCAGUCGAGACACUUGACGCCCGCUGGGAUCGGGACAUAUCACGCCGCCUCGAGCAUCGAUCAGCUCUUGUCUUCCUACAGUCGAUGCCGCAUGACGCCUUGUCACAUAUCUACUCCCUUCGGAUCAUCUUUCCCACCUUUCAUGACGACAGCCUUUGUCCGGGGACCCCAUCACUUCCAAACUGGACAGACACUCUCAGAUUCAUCCAAAGACACCUGCCUCUUGCCUACCUCGACCUCACCCUCUGCAUUGCCUUCGCCAACCAGGACGAUGGAUUUGUCACACCCUGCGAGGACAAGGAGUGGGCCUUUUACCUGCGAAUGGUUGAGCCAGCAGUUAUCCUCCGGGGUAUCCGAAACCUCGUCGUCACCUUCCCACCGACUGGAGACGCCCCUCAACACGAUGGCCUUCGCAAAGACGGCCAGCCCGACCAGCGCGUCAACCAGCAAGGCUUCGCGUACGGCAAAGUUGACCCGCACGAGGCUGGCAAGAAGGGUGGCCAGACCAGUGGCACCGGCUCCUCGGACUCCUCCAGCGCUGGUGGCAGUGACAAUCCCCAGGGCGCCGCGCACUUGGGCGGCGAGGGGCUCAGGAAGGAUGGCGAGCCUGAUCAGCGCUUGAAGAUGAAUCAGGACUCUUCUUCUUAG